AUGGCAGGGCCAGAAGGGAGAUCCGGGCCACCGCCCUCGCAGAAACUGAAGGAUAGCUGCGAUAUGUGUUCAUCAUCGAAGGUCAAGUGCAACAAGGAAAAGCCCUUGUGUAGUCGCUGUCGCAAGCUGGGCUAUCCGUGCUCCUAUAGUCCCGCACGUCGCAUAGGGCGUCCGCAUCCAAACCGUGAAUUCCCACCAAAUACCCCUGAAGACUCCAAGUUGCUUUGUCAAGAAUCUUGUCUGAGCCUAGACACACAGCCUUCGAUCUUUGAUGAGAAUGAGUACGCAUCGGCCGUGACAUAUGGGCUGGAUGACAUGCCCAUACCAGCUGGCGUUCUAGGCGAAUCUGAAACAACCACAACAUCUGCUAUGAAUUGGGGCUCAUAUGUCUUCAAUGAAGAUUUGGAUCAAGAACAGACCAUGAAUGUUCCACAGUCCCCGCCACCAGACUUUGACCGCUUCGACUUCUCAGAUGCCUUAAACAGGGACCCACAGUGUCUCCAUUCUUUACAGCCUCAUAUGGAUUCCUUCUUCACGCCGCUCGAGUUUUCCCUACCGCAAAGUAUUAGCCAAGGCUCAGGUUCUAGUACCGUCGCGACCCAGACAGUGGAAAUUCACACCGGCGAUCAAACGCCAAUCUCAGAUUCAUCUGAGCCAGAUUGCGUGAAAGGCACAAUUGAAAUCAUGCGCCAUCUCCAGGCCUCCAAAGAAUCUGCGAUUAAGACACUGAACAGUGAACCAAGGGAGGAGUUACUAGACAGGGUACAGACCACUGCUUGGGCGAUUCACCGACUGUCGACCAUCUUGGUAUGCCCCUGCUCACGGAAAACAUACGUGGGUAUCUUGGUGGCGACAGUUUGUAUGAUGAUUAUGGACGUAUUCGACUCGUUGUUUCACCGGUUGCAUGACUGGAGCGCCGGAGACUUCACCAUGAUCCAAGCCCAAAGUAUAGAUACAGGUUACUCCCUAGAUCUCAAUGUGGAUCACAAUGAGGGCAUUAUAACUGAAUGCGCCACGCUCAUCGAUUUUGAAUUGACGAGGGAGAUGCGCACAUGUCAUCGGUACAAAUCCUGGAAGAACUCUCCAAGCUCGCCAAUGUGGUGA